AGGCUGUAUCCUCUUGUCCCUAAGCUUUUGAGAAGGACUAUGGCCAUUUUUUCGGUCCUCGUCUUUCUUCGCUUCCUCUUAAUCUGAUUAAUUCUAACCACCGUCGUACCGAUUUAAAAAUUAAAAGGACGGCAAGAUGGCUGAGAUGGGCAAGGGAGUCACGGCAGGGAAAAUAGCCAGCAACAUGCAGAAGAAACUCACCAGGGCCCAAGAGAAGGUCCUCCAGAAACUUGGCAAAGCGGAUGAAACAAAAGAUGAGCAAUUUGAACAGUGUGUGCAAAACUUUAACAAACAGCUGACAGAAGGAUCCAAGCUACAGAAGGAUCUCCGGACCUACCUGACUUCAGUUAAAGCAAUGCAUGAAGCCUCCAAGAGACUUACAGAGUGUUUGCAAGAAGUAUAUGAACCCGAGUGGCCAGGAAGGGAUGACACUAACAAAAUAGCAGAGAACAAUGAGCUGCUUUGGACAGACUUCCAUCAGAAACUGGUAGAUCAGGCACUGCUGACUAUGGACACCUAUCUUGGCCAGUUCCCAGACAUAAAGUCUCGCAUUGCUAAACGGGGAAGGAAACUUGUAGACUAUGACAGUGCCAGGCAUCAUUAUGAAUCUCUUCAAACUGCAAAGAAGAAAGAUGAGGCUAAAAUUGCCAAGCCUGUCUCGUUGCUUGAGAAAGCCGCGCCUCAGUGGUGCCAAGGGAAGCUACAAGCGCAUCUCGUAGCUCAGACUAACCUGCUGCGGAAUCAGGCUGAAGAAGAAUUAGUAAAAGCCCAAAAAGUAUUUGAAGAGAUGAACAUUGAUCUUCAGGAAGAACUGCCUUCACUAUGGAAUAGUCGUGUUGGUUUCUAUGUCAACACAUUCCAGAGUAUUGCUGGCUUAGAAGAGAAUUUUCAUAAGGAAAUGGGCAAGUUAAACCAAAACCUGAAUGAUGUCCUUGUGACUCUAGAGAAAGAACAUGCAACAAGCACCUAUCCUGUUAAAGCUCAGCCAAGAAAGAAAACUAAACUCUUCUCCAGGCUGAGGAAAAAGAUGAGCAGUGACAGCACAAAAGCAAACAAAACUCCUUCAUCUCCUCCACCUGACGGUACUCCCAUCACCAGCCCUGAAAUCAAGGUCAUCAACCAUGAACCAGAGCCACUCACUCUGGAUGCUCCUGGAGGAGGCAUCCCCAAGUCUCCUUCUCAGUUGAGGAAAGGCCCUCCUGUGCCACCACCUCCAAAACUCACUCCAUCCAAGGAGAUGAAGCAGGAGAACAUCAUCAACCUGUUUGAUGACAAUUUUGUCCCAGAGAUCAGUGUGACAACCCCCUCACAGUUUGAUGCCCCUGGGUCUUUCCAGGAGGGAGCCAGCCUAUUGGAUCUGGAUUUUGAUCCCAUUAAACCAGAUAACAACCUUGUAGGGAAGUCACCCACACCUGCUACUCAGUCUUUCUCUUGGGAUUUAUGGGAGCCUACAGAAGCCACUCCUGCUGAGGCUGAGGGAGCUGGCAAAGGAGGAACAGCUGGAGCUGAAGCAGCUGCUAAACCCGAAACUGAUUCAGGAUCUGCCUCAAGUUCUCUGCCAACUGUAGUUGUGGAUACUGUCCCUGCCACAGUUAAUGGGACCGAUGAGAAUACAGUUGUCUCUGAAAGGUCUGACAUGCCACCAGGGUUUCUCUUCAAGGUACAAGCCAUGCAUGAUUACGCAGCUACUGACAAUGAUGAAUUGCAGCUGAAAGCUGGAGAUGUGGUCUUGGUGACUCCUUUUGAAAAUCCAGAGGAGCAGGAUGAAGGAUGGCUGAUGGGUGUGAAAGAAUCUGAUUGGCUUCAGCAUAAAGCAUUCGACCAAUGCCGGGGAGUUUUCCCAGAGAAUUUCACUGAACGGGUGCAGUGAGGUCUUGCAGCUCCUUAGAUAGCUUCUCUUCAGCAAGAAAGCAAGAGGUGUUUUUCUCUCCCUCCUCCUGAGGAAGGUCUAAAAAAAAAAUUGAAAGAAUGUUUUUUUUUAAAAAAAAGGAGCUUAAAGGUUGGAUUCUUCACAGAAAACAAUGUUUUUAGAAAUCCACUGAAUCAAAGUAUUAUCAAAGAUAGAGAUAAUAAAGAAAGACAGGUUGGGAAAAAUCCUUUUUUCUGUUUGAGUUAAAUAAGGUCAAUCCAGAAGGUUGUCAUUGAGUGGUGGAGCAAUGUUGUGUGAAAUAGGAUGUGCUCAGCAUCGUAAACUGUGAAUACUGGCAGUCCUGUUCUCCUGAAACUACACAAUAAAGUUUUAUCUUGUGGGAAGGCACGGUCAACCU